UGAACUACACUCAAUGAGAGAAAAACCUGAUUGAUAAAAACUGCCAUCCCCUUUCUGAUACCACAUACACGUGUGUCCUGUUAUACGUCUGUGUAGCACUCGUACUCGUCCACUCAACAGAGGAACUGCUGCCAAAGUAAUUGUUAGCAACUCUGAGGAUUUCACGGCACAAUGACAUCUCAGGUUGCGCGGACGGUCCUGCGUCUGGAGGCAUCUGAAGUUGGUGAGCUGAAGGACGGCAUCAAUUUUAAGAAAAAUCCAGAAGAUGGCAAAUGUUACAUCAUUUUCAAAGACAAAGAUAAAACACAAGCCUGCAAAAACCAAUGCAAGCACCAGGGAGGACUUUUCAUUAAAGACAUAGAGGAUUUAGAUGGCAGAACAGUGCGUUGUACUAAACACAACUGGAAACUUGAUGUGUCCACUAUGGCGUAUGUCAACCCACCCGACAGCUUUAUGCAGGAUGAACUUGAGGUGGUACUGUCAGAAACUGAUGGGAGUUUGGAGCUGGUUGAGUUGAAUCCACCCGACCCUUGGACUGUGGACCCUCGAGAGGCACAAGAGCUACAAACUGGAGAGCUCACGUUGACAUACAUAACACAUGCAUGUAUGGAACUCAAAGCAGGAGGCCAGAAGAUGAUGUUUGAUCCCUGGCUGACAGGACCGGCAUUUGCCAGAGGAUGGUGGCUCUUACACGAACCUCCAUCUGAUGCCAUGGAGAGACUCUGUCAGGCUGAUCUCAUUUACAUCAGUCACAUGCACUCUGACCAUCUGAGCUACCCCACUUUAAAAUUACUCUCAAAGAAGCGGCCUGAUAUUCCCAUUUAUGUUGGAGACACCUCACGUCCGGUGUUCUGGUACCUGGAGAGAAGUGAUGUGAAUUUAACAAACAUCAAUGUGGUGCCCUUCGGUGUAUGGCAGAAUGUUGAUGAGCAUCUGAGAUUUAUGAUUCUGAUGGACGGCGUUCAUCCUGAGAUGGAUACUUGUAUAAUAGUGGAGUAUAAAGGUCACAUGGUUCUGAAUACGGUCGACUGUACCAGGCCAAACAAUGGGCGUCUCCCACACGGUGUCGAUGUGAUGAUGAGUGACUUCGCUGGAGGCGCUUCUGGCUUUCCAAUGACUUUCUAUGGUGGUAAAUACAGUGAAACCUGGAAGGCAGAGUUUAUCAAGAAUGAAAGAAAGAAACUGCUGAACUAUAAGACUCAGCUGGUGAAGAUUUUACAGCCCAAGAUUUACUGUCCUUUUGCUGGUUACUUCACAGAAGCUCAUCCCUCAGACAGGUACAUAAAGGAGACAAAUACAAAGAACAGCGCUGAAAACCUCAACGCUUCCAUAAGGAAGAGCUGCCCAAAUACUCUGACCUGGACUCCUUUACCCUCUUCUGUGCUGGAUGUUGCUCUCGCUCUUGCAGAUCCAUCUAACACGAAUGCAAUCACUCAACCUUCAAAUGGUACAAAGAUCUUUAAGGACAACUGGAACUUUGAUUUGUAUUUGGAUGAGCUGAAUGCUGCCAUUUCCAAUGAUAUCUUUAAAUACAAAUCAUGGAUCCAGUAUUAUUAUAAUUGGGCGGGAUUUAAAGGCUACAAUCUGGUUAUACGGGUCAUUGAGACGGAUGAUGAAUUUGAGCCACUGGAUGGAGGUUACGAUUAUCUGGUGGACUGCAUGGAUCUUUCCUUUCCAGACAGGAGACCAGAGAGAGAUCACGCAUAUGAGGAGAUUAAAAACAGAGUGGGUGUGAUGAGACACGUGGUUGUAAACGGACGACUCUGGGACGACCUGUACAUCGGCUUCAAUAACAGAAUGAGUCGAGAUCCUGAUGUUUAUCAUCACAAGUUUUGGAAUCAUUUCCAGACAGAAUUACCAUUAACAGCUCCAGACUGGGAUCAUUUCCUUCAAAAUGUUUCUGAACAAACGGAUGUUCAACAUUCAGAUCUGUCACAGGAGAAUGGUUCCUGUCUGCUCUCUUAAAGCAAAAAUAUGAAUACAGAAAUAAUUACAGCUUUCAGUCACCCAAACACUUAAGCCCUGUCCGAAAGUUAUGGUUUUCAUUAAUGGGUAAUAUAUGGGGUUAAAAGUCUUUAUGAUUUAUCAAAAUUAAUUAAUUAAUAAUAAUAAAAAAAUAACUUCAUGAAGUCAGUCCGGUAAAAUCAUAUAAAAACACAACAGCUGAAAUUACACAUUACACUUUCAAUUAUGCAUCUUGUCAUCUGUUACUUUGUUUCAUGGGUGAAAUAUGAUCAGCUUAAAAUUUUCUGAAUGUUUUAAUUAUGUGCUUCUAGGGAUGGGACGAUUACCGGUUUCAUGAUUAACCACAAUAAAAUAUCCUGACGGUUAGUAGUAUUGUUUAAAAUGUAAUUAUCAUUACAUCCGUGUUUGAUUAUGGUGAUUUUGAAAACUUGCGGUAAAUCCUGUCCAGCCAGAAUCAGUUUGACGCAGGCGCGCACAUGCAACAUAGUUUUUUGCACAAGAAGGCAUUUAAGGGAUAAUGUAUUGUAUUCAUUCAGGGUAAACUUAUUAGACAAAUUUAUUUAUUUUUUACCACAGAAAUAAUUUCAGGGACAUGAAAUUUUAAAUUGUGAUUUUGAAAAAUAAAACUUGUUCAAAUGUUUUCAGUGUGUGU